CAGCGUGUAGGUGUGGUCAGUGUGUUAAAAAUGAUGGCCGAAGAAGAGAAUUCUUCAUUUAUAUCUGACCCGAUCCGAUUCGGUUCGCAGGUUGCUUCUUGAGAUGUCGAAGGCCUCCUCCAUGGUUCAGUCCCAAAUGAUGGGAGGGACAGACACUGCGGAUUUUUCUCGCACUUUCAAGUACUUGCUUGCUACACAGUUCUUGUCAAGGGGAAUUCCAUUUGUAUUCAAUUCAUGGAUCGUGAGGCAUCUUACAGAAGAGCACUACGCGCUUUAUGCAGUACAAUUCCAUCUAUUCACCAUGUGUAUCUUGUUUCUCAGUCGGGAGGGAUUCCGGCGAGCAUGCAUGCGAGUAGACAUGAAAUGUGAUGACUCUUCAGUGGAAGAAAACACGACGAAGCUGAUGAAAGUUUCUUGGGCUACUCUCCCCCUUGGAGUAGUUAUAACAGUAGUAGCAUGCUUUUUGGUCUUUUGGUGGCAAGAAAUAAGUUAUUCUAAUCCAUAUGCACAGGCUAUUUUGAUUAAUGGUUGUGCUUGUAUAUUAGAGCUAUUAGCAGAGCCAUUGUAUAUCCUUUCUCAGAACUUGCUUCUGCUUAAGUUGCGGUUGAUGGUUGAAACUGCAGCUACACUUUCGCGUUGCUUAACAAUGUAUAUCCUCAUUGUCUAUCAAACUGGCAUGGAGAAAGAGAUUGUAUUUGCAUUGUCACAAGCCGCAUAUGGAGCUUGCUUGCUCCUGGGCUAUUGGGGCUAUUUUCUUCUUUUCCAUGCAUUCAGUAGUUCUGCUCUUUUCCCUUUUAGAUCUGGAAAUUUGAAGGAUUAUGACAGGCAGCUGUCAAACAUGUGUUUUUUGUUUACCCUUCAAUCCUUUCGGAAGUUGAUCCUUCAAGAAGGAGAAAAGAUGGUCCUUGUGUGGUUGGAUACACCAUAUAACCAAGCUGUAUAUGGAGUUGUAGACAAACUAGGAAGCUUAGUAGUAAGGAUGGUCUUUCUUCCUUUUGAAGAAAGCUCAUAUGCUACCUUUGCAAAGUCUGCAUCAGGAAAAUAUCCAGAUAGAAGCAGGAAAUUGGGAAAUGGCCUCUCAGACGCCCUGAAGUUAGUUAUAUUAAUUGGGCUUGUAUUUAUGGCAUUUGGCCCAAGUUUCUCUUAUUCUCUCAUCAGAUUGUUGUACGGUCGGAAGUGGAGUGAUGGAGAAGCAUCAACAGCCCUCCGGUAUUAUUGCCUUUAUAUCAUUGUCUUGGCUAUGAAUGGAACUUCUGAAGCAUUUCUACAUGCAGUUGCAACCGAAAAUGAACUCAAGCGUUCAAAUGAUUCGCUGCUUGUAUUCUCAUUGAUUUAUAUAGUACUGAAUGUUCUGCUGAUACGCUCGGCUGGUGCAGUUGGCUUAAUCUUGGCAAAUUCUCUAAGUAUCCUUUUCAGACUACGGGAAUUCUUCUUUGUGCCCAUUUGUUUUGUAUUCUGGGAUUCUUCUUCAUUUUCAUUUUCCAGCUGCUUGCCUUCAGGAUGGACAGUUCUGUUGUUUUCAGGGGUAGUUACACUCAUUUCUGAGAAGAUUUUUCUGGAUCGUGAAAAUUUCUGGACAACAUUUUCGGUUCACUUUUUCAUUGGGUUUGCUUGCUUCUGUAUGUCAUCUUUUGUCAUCUAUCGCCGUGAGAAGCCAUUCAUCAACAAAAUUAUCCGUUUUCGUGAUCACUUGGACUGAAGAAUUGCCAUUUGCCCAACAAACAUGGAGGUGUGUUUCUGCUUACAAUCUCAUAGGUUCAUACAGGCGCAACAAAUUGGACAUGCUUUUUGAUGCAGUGAUUUUACACAAGAGGAUGAAGGAGUUAAAUUCAAUUUGCAGAACCAUCCAUGUUUGGUAAUGAACACUUCCCGUUGAGUUUGCAACGAGAAGCAAACUACGCAUAACAGAUACCAGCAAUAGGGCAGCUUUUUUUUCUUUUUGUGGGGAGGGCAAGUUUUGGAGGCAUGAUGCCCAACAAAGCCACUGAGAAAUUGACGUUAUAUAGAUGUGUCUAUAUAUAUAUAUAUAUCCUAUGAAGUGGAAGUCGGGUCGAUAUGGGUUACUUUUGAUCGGGUGGGCGAUCAUGAUGCGACCAACAUUCUGUAUUUUGAUGGCGAGCUCAAAAAAAAAAAAGAGAGAGAGAGAAGAAACUCAUUUAUCUGUCUGUAUCAUUGGUUUCUGAUAUCAUCGCAACUACGUUUACUUAAUAUCUGUUUUUAUGAUGUAUUUGUUUUUAAAAACAUGCACAAUAAAUGAGAUAUCACAAAAGUAAAUUGAUAAAUUGACAUGA